AUGUUCUGGUUACCAAGUGACGUGAAAGGGAAAUUAAUUAGCGAUAGUGUUGGAAUUGAAAUAGCAGUUCCAGAAUGGGAAGCGUUAACUACUAUUGUAAUGCUGUUCAUUGUCAUCACUGGGACUAUUUUUGGCAAUAUUCUGGUUAUACUUGGAGUUUUCACGUAUAAACCUCUGAGGAUAGUGCAAAACUUUUUCAUUGUGUCUUUAGCAGCUGCUGAUUUGGCAGUUGCAGUGUUGGUGAUGCCUUUAAACGUGGCCUACAUGACUUUGGGUCGCUGGUUGUGGGGUAAACAGCUAUGCAAGAUGUGGCUCACGUGUGAUAUUAUGUCUUGCACUUCAUCCAUCCUGAACUUGUGUGCUAUAGCACUCGACAGGUAUUGGGCAAUCACAGACCCUAUUAACUACGCUAAUAAAAGAACUUUGAAAAGGGUCGUGUAUCAAAUUAUUGGAGUGUGGAUUUUAUCUAUGAUUAUAAGUUCACCACCGAUUCUGGGUUGGAAUGAUUGGCCGGAUGAGUUCACAGCGGAUACUCCCUGUCAGCUUACCUCAGAACCUGGAUAUGUUGUGUAUUCCUCACUCGGCUCAUUUUUCAUACCACUCGUUAUAAUGACAAUAGUAUACAUAAAAAUCUACGUAGCUGCACGACAAAGAUUAAGAAAACGAGUGCUUGUUACACGUAUUCAGAAUAAAAAUCCAGUGUUGGUAGUACAGAGUCGGGAAGAGAGUCAAGAAAAUAGAGAAGAUUCAGAGAACGAAUCGGAUAGUGGUGGAAGUAUAAAACGUUGUCAGAGGAAAGCUUUCACAGACAUAAAGAAAAACUUCUUUGUGCCAUUCCUUUUGUUGAAUGAUCCAGUAUCUCGACAGACGAUUGAAGCAAAUAUGAAUCAAAUACAAGCGGAUGUGUCGCCGGGCAGCUGCGGUAGUUACAAGACUAAGGUCGUUGGUUCACUAAAGAAAAUGAGCCACAAAAAUAAAAAGCAAGGGAAACCGUUGUUGGCGAGUGUUAAUAAAAGCGGGGACGUAGUAAACCAGUUCAUUGAGCAGAAGCAAAAGAUCUCGCUGUCUAAGGAAAGGCGCGCUGCCAGAACCCUGGGCAUCAUAAUGGGUGUGUUCGUUAUCUGUUGGCUACCAUUUUUCCUUAUGUAUCUCAUACUACCAUUUUGCUCGUCCUGUUGUCCCAGCAUGAGACUUAUAAAUGUUAUCACAUGGUUAGGGUACGCUAAUUCUACAGUAAAUCCUUUAAUCUAUACCAUUUUCAAUAUUGAAUUUAGGAAAGCUUUUAAGAAGUUACUAGGCAUUAAAUAA